AUGCCAUCCGUAUCCGGAACGCCCGAUUCGACUUCAUCUCGCCGUCGGCAGCGUCUCUCUACAUCUCCAUCUGCAUCGUCGGCCAACCCCAAGCGGGCUCGGGUUACCGAGUCUCCCGCUAUGGCGACUCUCAGGGCGAGAGGCAAGAUGCCAGACAUCAUUGACCUGACCGAGAAGCCGUCUGCUUUCCAGCCAUAUAGCGGAGCCAAGAAGCUUGUCAUCAAGAACCUUCGAGCGCCCAUUAGCCGUGAGGCACAGGUAGAAGAAUACUACGCGCGGACAGAAAAGGAUCUCGAGGAAGCCUUGGAAGCCAUUUUUGCUGAUAGAAGACCGGCAGUGCCCUUGGAGCGGUUGUAUCGUGGUGUCGAGGAUGUCUGUCGCAGGGGCGGCGCUGCAAAAGUUUAUCGUUUGCUCAAGGAGCGCAUCGAUCGCCAUUUGCAAUUGGUAGUCUUGCCACGAAUAAGACGUACCGGCGGGCAGUCAAAUAUCGAAAUGUUACGAAGUGUUAGGGGAGAAUGGAAUGUAUGGAAUGCUCAAACAAUCACUCUCCGAUCAACGUUUAGCUACUUGGACCGGACAUUUUUGCUUCGAGAGUCACUCCCAUCCAUCAACGACAUGGCCAUCAGCCACUUUAGACGAAUGGCAUUUCCGCAGUCAUCGCAAACCAACGGUAGUUCACCUGGCGAAAAAGCUAUUACCGGAGUGUGCGAGAUGAUCGAGUAUGACCGGCGAGGCGACGAAAGACUUGACUCAAAUCUUCUCAAGGAAUCCAUUCGCAUGAUAUACGUUUUGGGUGUUUACGUAAAACAGUUCGAGCCCGUCUUUUUGAAACAGUCUGUCUCAUAUUUUGAAGAGUUUGGCGAAUCAUGGAGUGCGUCCAGCCUCAAGGGCUAUAUUGCGGCAUGCGAGAAUCUUCUCAACCGAGAAGACCACCGAUGUAUGGCGUACAACUUUGACAGCGCCACUGUGAAGCAGCUCAUGGACUCGGCGCACAAGAUUCUCAUCGACCAAUACUCGGAAAAAUUACUACAUGGCGACAGCUUGUCAAACCUGUUAUCCGAUAGAGACGUCAAGUCCAUGAGGGGACUCUAUGACCUAUUACGAUUAUCUGACAUUCAAAAGAAGAUGAAGAAUCCCUGGACUGAAUAUAUCCGACAAACCGGAUCUGCCAUCGUAUCAGAUAAAGAGAGAGGGGAUGAAAUGGUCCUGCGGCUGUUGGAACUUCGACGGUCAUUAGACCUCAUGAUUAGGGACGCGUUCAAAAAGGACGAAGACUUCUUGUGGGGCAUGCGAGAGGCGUUUGGCAAGUUUAUGAACGACCGCAAAAUAGCGUCCUGUUGGGAUACAAACACGUCCAAGAUUGGAGAAAUGACUGCCAAAUACAUAGAUAUGCUGCUUCGAGGCGGAUUGAAAGCUCUGCCCAAGGAGUUAUUGUCCGACGCCAAGGAUCGAGCAGCGGCAGAGAGGGAAGGCCAGGCAAGCACAGCAGAUGAGGAUGCCGAGUUGGACAGACAGCUUGACCAGGCACUUGAGCUUUUCCGAUUUAUUGAAGGCAAGGAUGCCUUUGAAGCCUUCUAUAAAAAGGACCUGGCACGACGUCUGUUGAUGGGCCGUAGUGCAAGUCAAGAUGCAGAGCGAAACAUGUUGACAAAGCUGCGAAGCGAAUGCGGAUCAAAUUUCACACACAACUUGGAGCAAAUGUUCAAGGAUCAGGAACUUGCCAAGGAUGAGAUGGAAUCGUACAGGCAGUCGAGCAUUACGAACCAGAAGCAGAAGGCUCCCAUAGACUUGUCGGUCAUGAUUUUGUCUGCCUCAGCUUGGCCGACUUACCCUGACACGCGGCUCAACUUACCCGACGAAGUAGCCACUCAAAUCGAGACAUUCGACAAGCAUUACAAGAGCAAACACACAGGAAGAGUGCUGACAUGGAAGCACUCCCUUGCGCACUGUUCUAUCAAGGCAUCUUUCCCCAAGGGCACCAAGGAACUUCUCGUGUCGGCCUUCCAAGCCGUCGUCCUGAUGAUGUUCAACAAGGAGCCCACGGCUGGCUUCUUCACCUACGAACAAAUAUCCGCCGCGACCGGCCUCCAAGGCGGUGACUUGGAUCGAACCCUGCAAUCUCUCGCAUGUGGCAAAGCGCGUGUCAUCACCAAACACCCCAAAGGCCGAGAAGUCAAACCCACCGACACUUUUACGUUCAACCAAGCAUUUUCCGACCUCAAGUAUCGCGUCAAGAUUAACCAGAUUCAGCUCAAGGAGACCAAGGAAGAGAACAAAGCCACCCACGAGAGGAUCGCCCAAGACAGACGCUUCGAGACGCAGGCCGCAAUUGUGCGAAUCAUGAAAAGCCGCAAGUCUAUGGGCCAUGCCGAACUCGUCGCCGAGGUCAUUAAUUUGACCAAGAAGCGAGGAAGUGUCGAGCCCGCCUCCAUCAAGAAGGAAAUCGAGAGCCUUAUCGAAAAGGAUUAUCUUGAGCGAGAGGAUAAUUCGUAUACCUAUUUGGCGUAA